AUGGAUAUAAAUUUUGUACCCGUCGCGAGUCACAGGGCGGGACUUCUUCGAGCCACCAAUGGGUUCUCUCCAGCCAGCUUAAUUGGCGAGGAAACAUACGGUUCGGUUUAUAAAGGGUCUCUCAAUUGUGAUGACCAAACUGUUGUUGCUGUGAAGGUUCUGAACCAACAAGAAGAAGGAGCCAAAAAGUGUUUCAUGGCUGAAUGCAAGGCAUUGAGUAACAUUCGCCAUCGGAAUAUUGUCAAGCUCAUUACAGCUUGCACAAGCAUGGAUUACAAGGGCAACGAGUUCAGCGCUUUGGUUUACGAAUUCAUGCCGAAUGGGAAUUUAGAAAGUUGGCUACAUCCACACCCAUCUGACCAGCAUCCCUCAAAGAGCCUAAACUUGGUCCAGAGGCUAAAUGUUGCCAUUGAUGUGGCCUCUGCAUUGGAUUAUCUUCACAAUCAUUACAAAACACCAAUUGUCCAUUGUGACUUGAAGCCAAGCAACAUUCUUCUAGAUGAUGACCUCUGUGCCCACAUAAGUGAUUUCGGCCUUGCAAGGUUUCUUUUCGCCUCCACCGGUAAUUCCUAUCGUGGGCAAAAGAGUUCAAUUGGGAUAAAUGGAACAGUGGGAUACGUCGCUUCGGAGUAUGGUUCAGGUGGGGAGGUGUCAACAAAAGGCGAUGUAUACAACUAUGGAAUCAUUUUGCUAGAGAUGUUUCCCGGGAAAAGGCCCACCAACGGCAUGUUUUUGGACGAUUUUAGCCUCCAGAACUACACCAAGAUGGCCCUCCUAGCACGGGUGAAAGAAACAGUCGAUCCCCUACUUGUACCGGGGCAGGAAGAUGAGUCGAAUAGAGACGAAAAAAGUGGAAGAGGUGACAUUGGCGCAUUAGAGAACUGUUUGGCAAUGAUUCUUCAAAUGUGA